CCCAGCUUCACAUUUCGCAUCUCAAUCCUCGCCGCUGUCCGCUAGCAUCGGGUCAAUUCUGCUGUGUGUGUUCUCUACCCCUUCGCAAUGCUCUUCUAGAACUUCAUCUGCCGUCAUGCCGCCACCAUCCUUGCUUCGAAGCUGGACUCGGCCCAACCUCUAUGUUUGCGCUAGGUGUGCAUUGGUAGCAUCUCAAGCCCCGAGCAAGACAACGAGAAGAUCGAUCGGGCUCAAGUAUUUGACCAAGGUUGCAGAUGCCGAGAAUCAAUGGAAGGAGAAGGCUGCUAGAAUCAGGGCCGGCGAGGAAAAGAGCAUGCUCACGAUCCUUGAGGAGAGAGGUCUGGUCCAAUCAAUCACUGGAGACCGCGCAGCCUUCGAUACACAUAUGACAAAUAAACGGCUCGGCGCGUACGUUGGGAUCGAUCCGACCGCUUCCUCGCUACACAUCGGACACCUUCUACCUUUGAUGUCAAUAUUCUGGAUGUAUGUGAACGGCUAUCACACGGUAUCCCUUCUCGGAGGAGCAACAGCCAAGAUUGGGGACCCCACGGACAGAUUGACAACCCGGGAGAAGGAGCAUGCCGCCAUCAGAACAGCAAACAUGGCGAAUAUGCAUUUACAGCUACAGAAGCUUUGGGUAAAUGUAGAGGCGUACGGGAGGAAAUACGGAUACAACUGGGAAUGGCCAUGGCAUCGAGAAUUAGUCAACAACAAUUCGUGGUGGAACAAAUUACCAAUGCUGGAAGUUUUACAAGUCUUGGGUCCAGGCAUGCGGCUGGGCUCGAUGUUAGCUCGGGAUACUGUUAAAAACAAGAUGAGGAAAGGCGACGGCAUGUCAUAUGCAGAGUUCUCGUACCCGCUUAUGCAGGCUUGGGAUUGGUGGUACAUGUUUCAUACCAAAGGGAUCUCGAUGCAAAUCGGAGGCUCGGACCAAUAUGGAAACAUAACGGCCGGUAUUGCUGCUGUUAAGUACAUCUCGACUCACCACCCAAAUCCGAUUGUGAGAGGAGAGGCCCAUUCAGUUGGCGAACCCAUAGGCUUUACCUCCCCACUUCUCACAACAUCCUCUGGUCAGAAGUUUGGAAAAAGUGCUGGAAAUGCAAUAUGGCUCGACAGUGCGCAAACGAGUUCAUUUGAGCUCUAUGGCUACUUCCUUCGAACUUCGGAUGAGGAUGUUGGAAAGUACCUGAAGAUGUUCACGUUCAUGCCUCUCAAGGACAUUGAUGCUUUACUCGAAGAACACAAGGAAUCGCCCUCGCAACGAAAAGCGCAGCACGCGCUCGCUCGAGACUUUGUGGAGCUCGUGCAUGGAGCCCAUGUGGCGCAGCAAACCGAAACCCAGCAUCGACUCAUCUUCAACCAAAAGCAACCUCAACCAGCGGAACCCGAUGCCGAAAUGAAAGCUGGCAUAAUUACCCCGAACAAUAGACCAAAUCCCAACAUGAAACUCCCUCGCAGCCUAAUCUUCCAAAAAAGCAUAGGGAAGGUCCUCCACGCCAGUGGGCUUGCGUCAUCCGCAGCAGAAGGGCAUCGACUUGCCUACAAACACGGUGCGUAUAUCGGCGGCCCACCAAACAGGAAGAAAUUCGAGCCGAUGAAUGACGGGUACUUGUCGUGGUCGACUAUCGAUAAUUGGAACCCAGAAGUCACAAGAAAGUUCUUAAUCCACGGAGAUCUUUUGCUGUUGCGGAGGGCGAAGUACAAUAUUCGGAUUGUUCAUGUGGUUCCGGAUGAGGAGUACGUUUUAUCUGGAGAGACGUUUCCGGGUAUGGAUGCGAAGUGGAGAGUGGAUAUUUUGAGGAGGAUGGCUAUCAACAAGGAGAUUACGAAAGAGGAUAGGGAGGCGGUGGAGAAGAUGCUUGAGGAGGAUGAGGCGAGUAAGAACACGGACGCAAUGGAUGCCGUCGAAGUCGGCGGUAGCAAAGAAGAUGAAGUGAAAGCAUCAGCCAGUCCUUGAGCUAGGCUCAGUGGAUCAGGCUGGUUACAUUGUAUGAGACGACAUCUCUGCUUCGGCGUGUAAUAUAACUUGUAAAUUUAUCGCUGCAUGUAGAUCUCAACUUGACGAAGUUCCCCUACCUGUUCCCCCCUCAUUGCUAUGAAAUCCUUCGCGUGAAGGAGUGGCAUGUCAAAUUUGUUAGUUUUAUACAUAUUAUCAAC